AUGGUUGUUACGGCAAAGCAAAUGUGGUUGCGAUUGGCUUCAACUUCCGACCGGGUGAUACCGGAGGACCUGCUCUCUCUCUUUGCGAGGACUGGUCCGGAGCAGCUGAGCCGUCGACACCCACCAGAACCGCCUGAUCCCCCAGACCCUCCGGAUACAACCUCGACUCCUUCACCUUCGUUCACCACUGCUAAAACCUACGCCCGUCCCUCUACUCCGGCAAGCUUACCAGAUCCGAGCGGCACCAGAUCUGGAGCUUCGAGGGUUGGGUUGCACCAUCGCUCAUCGCCGAGUCGCCACAUCAUCUCUCCUGGCUCAACCUAUCAAUCUCAGGCCAGUUCCCACCGACCUCAUCGGUGGAGUCUCGGGUCUCCGAGUUAA